AUGUCUCAUCCUCCAUGGAAACAAGACGUAUUCGUGAGUUUCGUGAAGGAUGAACCGGGAAAGACCUUCAUAUCAAACCUCUUCGAACGUCUGCACCAGGUGGGGAUUGGCCACUUCGUAGAUGACAAAAGAGAGGGCGCUACAAAGAACAACGAGGCCGAGCGCCUCCAUGCAAUCCGCCGGCUGACGUUUGCCUUCGCCCUUGUCGUGUUCUCCAAGAAGUAUGUUGACUCCAGCCCGUGCCUGAACGAGCUGGUCGAGAUCCUCUACUGCCAAAAAGACCCCAAACUCGUGGUAAUUCCCAUCUUUUACAUAGACAGGGCAGGCGUUUCAAACUUGGCGAGUAAUAACAAAUUCAAGGAAGCUCUCAGAAGCAGGAGAAAGACAGAGACAGAUGCUCAGAAGAGGUGGAGUGCCCUAGCGAAGGCGGGUUACGAGUUGAAAGCCGCCAAAGGGUACGUACUCGAAGUUGAAGCCUAG